AUGUCAAUUGUUGGGAUUACUGUCGUGAAUCCUGCUCUGGAUAAAGCAUUGGAGAUCUUGCAAAAAUUUUCAAUUGAUGUACACAAUGGACAGGUUUCAAAAGACAAAUUACGUUUUGGUGCAGCUUGGAGGCAUCCCCCUCAAAUCGAUGACCCGAAGUUGCACAUGGAAUGGGCAAAGCUUCAGCUAAUGGAUUUUGUUCACUCUUUGGCUAAUACAGAAUUUGCGGUGUGCCUUGAGAAGCGUGAGCCAACCCUAGUGACCACAAUGUCAUUCACCUCCUCAUGUGCCCUCACAUCCCGCUCUCUUGGGAUGGCAAAUGAGAAUCAGGAAGAAGAGAACAUUUUGUGGGUCAAUUACCGAAGUGAUUAUAGUGAAGAAGUCUUUGAUGAUCCAUCUACUGUUGCUUUGUUACAGGUGGGAUUACUUUAUGCUCAACGAGAUCCACCAUUUAUUCGACCCACAUCUAAGGGGAUUCAGAGGUGUCUAGUGAGAUGGCUUGUAGAGCAGCGAAUGCAAAUGAAUUCCCGUGAUUUGAUUCAUUUUGUGUGGCAUAGAAUAAUGCGUGGACGUUAUUAUCGCCAUUUGAUGGUACAAAUUGGCUAUAAAUAG